GCGCGAUUAGUUCAACAUUGCAAGAAUUACAUCCAUGAACUGCCAUAUAAACUUCAUACUAUCCGCUACGUAUGCAUUGGUAUGAAAUACGUGUUGUUAGAUCGUAAUUUUAUUGAAUUGUAUGUUAAUUGCAAGGUUAUCGCACAGCAAAUUGAAUGUGUUUUUAGCGAAUUAAACCUUGCAACGCAACUGAUGAACCAAGUGAUUGGUAAAUUGUAUGUACGUUGUCCACAAGACAUGAAACAGGCUGCUGAGAACAUAUCAAGUAAUUUCAGCGAAGUUAUGGCAGUGCAAAGGCAAGUACUUAAGGCACUGGCAGAUAGCAUGUCGGAAGUUGGAAGACUUGUUCUGAUGAUGGAUUUAUCAAAAAAUGUACGAUACGGAGAAAAUAACAUGAUGGCAGGUGGGAGUGAAUCGUGUAAUGCAAAUGUUGGAGAAGAGCAAGAAGUGGUAGGAGGAUCAUAUGAUCCGGUGAAAGCAGAUGCGCGUCAAAACGUUUCUCAUACAGAACGGUACAGCAAGAUGAAAAGAUUCGAAAGCACAAUCAAAUCGAAUACGCAUCAUAGCGCGAAACAUGGUGCGUCAGUUGACGAAAAAGCAUCUACAAGUGCCGAAAAUCUCGGAUGGACCGAACAACCACAAUCAUUACGUAGAGAAUACGGCGAUAAUUACCAUUUAAUGGUACCUCCGUAUCAAAAUAAAAAUGAGAACGAUAUCGUAUAUAAGACGGAUAUUUUGCAAAAAUUCUGCAAAAACUGUUAA